CUAGCUAGUAAGUAAAGUUAGACAAUGCGUCUGAGGAUAUGUUUGUGUUUUCUCACUAUUUUAGGAUCCUUGUAUGCCUCUGAUGGCGGGUUCCGCUUUGCCUCCUAUUAUGGGGAUCACAUGGUUCUGCAGAAGGCCCCAGAGAGGGCUGUGUUGUGGGGCUAUGGACCCGAUGAUGCUGAGGUCACGGUCUUUCUAUCAGGAGGACCAGUCACUAACAAAACACCUGCUGUCAGUGUGGCUGCCGGGAUAUGGAGGGUGACCCUUGUCUCAACGGAAGCUGGCGGUCCCUACAAUGUGACUGCAGUCCUCCAGAACAACCACAGUAUCACUCUCACAGAUGUGCUGUUUGGGGAUGUCUGGCUGUGUGGGGGACAGAGCAACAUGGCUUUCACAACUUCUCAGGUGUUCAAUGCAUCAGAAGAGUUAGCUCUGGCCUCCAAGUUCCCUCAGGUGCGUAUCUUUAUGGCUGCCUUGGAGCAGAGUUACACUGAGCUGACUGACUUGGCUGGAGUGGAGGUGCCCUGGUCCGUCCCCACAGCAGAGUUGCUGGGUGGUGGGGAUUUCAAGCACUACUCUGCAGUGUGCUGGAUGUUUGGGCGCCACUUGUACAAGACGCUGAAGUACCCCAUCGGCCUAGUGACGUCCUGCUGGGGAGGCACACCUGUAGAGGCAUGGUCCUCCCCACGAGCACUCCAACACUGUGACCUGGACAGGAUUAAGGGGUUCCCCAUGCCACAUACACCUCCAAUGUAUUUGUCUAAGAGGACUAACUCUGUGUUGUGGAAUGCCAUGAUCCAUCCACUUCUCAACAUGACCAUCAAAGGAGCUAUCUGGUACCAAGGCGAGGCAAAUGCAGAGUACAAUCAGAAGAAAUACUCCUGUUCCUUUCCCUCCAUGAUUGAUGACUGGAGGAUGGCUUUCCACCAGAGUUCAGCGGGGCAGACGGCACCAGAUUUCCCCUUUGGAUUUGUACAGCUCUCUACGUAUAGAAAGGCCUCCUUAAGUGAGGGAUUUCCAAACAUACGCUGGCACCAGACUGGAGACUAUGGCUUUGCUCCCAACCUGCGUAUGAGGAACACAUUCAUGGCCGUUGCUAUGGACUUAGGAGAUACAAUGUCUCCUUAUGGCAGUAUCCAUCCCCGGGACAAGCAGGACGUGGCCUACAGACUGUCUCUAGGGGCGAGAGCUGUGGCUUAUGGGGAGGAGGGCGUCUCAUUCCAGGGGCCUUUCCCUAACCGGAUCCUGGUCUCAGACCAGUAUCUCAACAUUAUUUAUGCUCAGAGAAUCUCAGUCACUCAAUCCAAAGAUAUCUUUCAGAUUUGCUGCUCAGGGGUGAGGGCACCCUGUAACGCUCUGUCACUGUGGAUCCCAGCUCCCAUACUGCAGUGGAGUGUUAGCGCCGUCCAAGUGUCCACCGCUAACUGUUUCAUGAACGAUGUAGCCGGAUUGCGCUACGCAUGGAGGGACUGGCCUUGUGACUUUAAGGCAUGUCCUAUUAACAGUGCUGAUGGGGUUCUACCUGCACCUCCCUUCACUCUCAAUCGCUGGCUGGCAAGGAGUGAAACUAGCACGCCCCUCCCCUCUCCUAGGCAGGAGGGGGUGUGGAAUAUGGCCAAUAUACCACACCUGUUCUAAAGCGAGACGUAACACUUAGUGCCUGGACAGCCCUUAGCUGUGGUAUAUUGGCCAUAUACCACAAACCCCCAAGGUGCCUUAUUGCUAUUAAACUGGUUAUCA